CACUGCUCAGCUAUUACUGUCAACGUCAAGCUAUACAAUAAUAAAUGUUUGUUUGAUAAAAAAUAAGUUUUUGUCUAAUAGAAUAAUUUCGCCGCAGAAAUUAUAAUAAAAACAAAAUAAUACUUAAAUUAAUUCUUCUUCGAUACGAUUUGAAAGAUAAACAUAAUCGUUUUCGAAAAUGAAUAAUUUCUAUAAGCUGCGGCCUGUGUCUUAUAAAGUUUUUCAAAGAAUUAUAAAUUACGGCAAAAUGAAUAUUACUAGUAAUGCCAAAAUAAUACAUCAGGAUAUUAGUUUACCUAAUAAAAUAAUAAUGUUAUCAACGACAUUAUCUUUUAUGUUAUGGCCAAUUAAAAGUAAAGACCCUGCCGAAAAAAGCGCUGCUCAACAUGUUCUGCCUAUAGAUGAUGCAGACAAAUUAUUUGAAAAUGGCCACUAUGAAGAAUGCUACAAAUUACUAGCGGAGCAUCAGGACAAAGGCAAUGUAGAAGUUCAAUGGCGAAUAUGUCGAGCCUUAUAUAACAUGUCAAAGGAAUCCAAAUAUGACAAGCAAUACAAAAACAAUCUUGUUUGCCAAGCAUAUGAUUUAAUAUUGAAAGUAUUAAAUGAUACUCAAGACCAUUACGCUGUACACAAGUGGUAUGCUUUACUAUUGGAUGCUAAAAGUUCACUAGAUGGCAUCAAAGAGCGAAUAAGACAAUUAGAAAAUGUGAAAAGGCAUAUGGAUAUGGCAGUAACAUUAAAUCCUAAUGAUGCAACAAUUUUGCAUAUGCUUGGUGAAUGGUGUUACCAAAUUGCCGAAAUGCCCUGGCACCACAGAAAAAUAGCUGAAGUUUUAUUUGCUUCCCCACCUUAUUCAACAUAUGAAGAAGCACUAGAAUAUUUCUUAAAAGCAGAAGCAGUUCAGCCAAGAUUUUACAGUAUUAAUUUAUUAAGACUCGGGAAUUGCUAUCUAAAAUUAAAAAAAGAAGAUCAAGCAAAAUAUUACUUGCAGCUCGCUGCAAGUUAUCCAGCUAAAUCAAAUGAUGACCACAAAGCUAAUACUGAAGCAGCAGAAUUGUUAAAAAAACUUAAAUAAGCUGUUUGUUCGAUAAUUUGUUAUUACUUAUAAGAAUAUUUUAUUUAGAAUAUAAACAUUUCCAUGACAUUUUUUUGUAACAUAGGUAAUUAUUUUAUAUUAAUGGAAUCUUGAAGCUUAAAAACUGUGCUAUUUGUUAUAAUGAUUAAAAUAACCUGUGAUUAUAUAAUGUCUUUUUUAAGGGGGGAAAGUCUUAUAAUGUCUAGAUAGAGCGUCACCAUACCAAUAGGUACCAACUAUGCUUAUUAUACUCUUCAAAAAUAACGUUCCAAAAUUUCUUACAUGUGUGCGUGCGGUAUGUGUAUGUGGUUUACAUGCAGCAAAACUGAACAGCUACGUUAAAAAUUCUGCCAUCAAAUUUAUAUCUCCCAUGUACCAGACCAUUUAGAAGUAAAAUAAAGAAAAUGUACUAUUUUGUA